AUGGCGCAGCUGCCUCAUCACCCGCCCUCACACUCGACCUCGAACUAUCCCACACCACCGCACACAAUCCACUCAGCCCUGCCUUCGCUCCGUCAACCUUCCUCGGCACCAGGCACGACCGCAUGCUUCAAGCCGCUUCCUUGCGUACCCAACGACGUCGAUGCGGAUGACGACGGCCCGGAACUCGUGUUUCAUCGACCUUCCCUCGCCCGCGACCACGACGCUCCUAUCGAGUCCGACCUCUCGAGCCCUUCCGCGAGCAGCACCGCCUCGUCGUCCAUGCAGGCCGACUGGCACGAGACCUCGCUCCGCAACCACGUCGCCAAACUUCCCAUCGAGUUCGCCGACUUUGACCUCUCGCAAACCGAACAGCCCAGCGUCUUUGGCCUCCGACGCCGCAUCGUAGCCGCCGCGAUCGAUCACGUCGCUGAGCGAUCCGACUCUUCAUCUGACAAACGACAUCAGGCCCGCCAGUUCCAAGAACAGGGGCUAGGCGACUGGCUCGCCGCGCACACCCCCACCACGAACCAAUGGAAGGACAAGAUCCUGCGCAAGAAGAAGUCGCUCGGCUUUCGACACGCCAAAUCGGCCAAAGCCACACAGACGAACGCCGGCUCGAUUCACGACUCGAUGCUCGGCACGGCAUCGCCGCCGUCCGAGUCGAGCGCGCGUAGCCGCUCCGUCUCGGUCACCGGCUCCACCUCGUCGCACGACAAGAUGCUCCGGCGCGACAAGGAACUCGCACAGCGCGAGGCCAACUUUGACCUGGUCGUGCUCAGCCGCUUCGAGACCGCCGAGCUCAAGAUGACCGUCUACACCGAGCAUCGACGCGGAUCCUGGGUGGUGCAGGGCCCGGCGCCUCAGGGCGCAAAGGUGCUCGACGAGCCGCCGCUCGUCUUCAGUCCGUGGGACUGCCAGAUCGACAGCCGCGCCAUUGUGGAGCGCAAGAAGCUGCGCUCGUUUAUCGAGCUCAGCGACACCACGUGUGCCGUGCGCUGCACCACGUGCACCAGUGCACACCGUCAGCGUCUGGGUCACGCCCACGACGGCGAUGGCGGUAUGGGAUGCAAGCAUUGCCAGGGCACGGGAGCGGUUCGGACGACGUAUGUCGUGUGCGUGACGCUGCGGCAGACGACGUUUUUGCCGCUCAUGCUGCCGGUGCGCCACCGCGCAGGCAAACACCAGGACGCAUUUCGCACCUACUUGCCGCGGACGAACAUGGCCAUGUCGCAUGUGGAUGUGCUGCGCAUGCGCUCGCUCGAAGCGGUGCGCUCGUGUGCGCUGCGGGUGGGACGCGUGCACUGGCGCGAGCACGACGCGCGGCUGCUCGUGGCCAAGGCGGUGCUGGAGCGCCGGAGCUGCAGCAAUGUCGCGGUGAUCAACCGCACCAACGGCCGCUUCCGCACGUUUGACAUUACCGACGGCGGCUUUGUGCGCGGCCAUCCGAACGCAGCACUCACGGAAGAGGAGAGCCGCAUUGCCGAGAUGCCCGAGCUGGGCGACGCGCUCGCCAGGCUGCCGGUGACGGCGGUUAUGCACCCGGAGGCGACGCACCGGUUCGUGGACCUGGAGCUGGUGGACAUGGCGCGAUCCAAGCAGCUCUCGAUCGAGACGCGCUCUGAUCCGAGCUCCCCGAGCAUCGCCGCGUCUGGUGGCAGCACCGACGAGUCGUACUCGCCGUCGGCGUUUUCGUUCUUCCAGCGCGCGGGCGAGAUGGCGAGGCUCGGCGGCAGCAGCUCGCGCGACUCGGCGACGCAGGGCGGCAGCCGCGACCGCACUGUAUCGCAGACGGACUCUACCGACUCGCGGCGCACAGGCACGGACGAGGCGGAGACGGCACGCAGCGGAUCGGGUUCGCGCUGGCAGCUGCCGCCGCUCAAUCUGGCGGCCUCGACGCAGUCGCCCGUGUUGAGCGCGGGCGCGGAGCCAGUGCCACUGCAGAGCGUCCAGGAGCCGCCGGCGGUGGGCAGCAUGUCGGCGACGCGCAAGGCGUGGACCAAAUAUGCGCCCUCGUCUCCAGCGCUGAGCGCGACGGCAGCAGGCGCCCGCCCGGCCGUGGCCAGCACGCGUGCGCGCAUUGGCGCCUGA